ACUUGUUCCAAACAUAAUGGCUUCAACUUUGAGCAGCAACAACAGCAGUAGUCCAGAUGGAUUCGACAAUAGCAGUGUGUUCAACAACACCUCCAGCAUCAGAAAAGGCAAAGAUGAAAGUGAGGGCAGAAGGGUGAGAUGUGAGACUAAGAAGGGUAGAAGGGCAGCAAUGGAGUUGUGGAGGGAAUCAAGGGAUUUAGGGUUUGAGAUUCGUAGGGGAAGACUGUUAAGACCGGUAACCUUUCAUAUUUUCGACACUAUCUCCGCCGGAUCCGCAGCGUGUCAGCCCCUCCUGCAGCUGCUUUCCGCCGAUUAUCCUUUGGAGUGCGGAGUCGAGUCCUGCAAACCCUCAGGUCGACUCGAAGACUGGAUAGUGGAGGAGGUCGUCCUUCAUUGCGAUCGCAAUACAGGUUGCACGAUGGUAAUCUUCUUCCAUGCUGCAUGCCUUGCAGUCGAAGUCAGGAGUUCUUACUUCAAUAUUUAAUAUUACGUAGAAUUCAUUGAAUUCUAAAAAAUUCACUAGUGUCCAUGAACAAUUUUAAAGUAACGGCAAAAAAAUCAAACACCAAUUUUGUAAAAUUCUUCUUCUAACAAAACACAAGUGGGUGAAGGAUCCAUCUUUUAUUCUUUAGAGAUCAGCUUUUUCGCGAAUUGCUAGCUCUGCCUUUGUCAUGGCUACAUGUUAUCCAUUUUGGGAAGAUAAGGAUUAUAAUUUGGACAUGUAUGAUAACCAUAUAAAGGCUUUACUUUGUAUGGACUGAAUUGGUUAAUGAAAUCUUUGUUUGUAUUUGCUUGUAAACUGUGUUAAUCGUUUCCAAGCUAAUAUUGUUACUGUUUGUCUUGAACUCUUACAGGAAAGGAGAAGGGAAACAGAGUUUGCCCCCCAUGCAUAAGGUCCGUUUGGCAGAGCUUAUUCUUCAACUUGCUUAUAAGCACUUUUUUCUCUCAUAAACUUCGAAGUGUUGGAAGGAAACACUACAUUUUAGCAUUUAAAGUAAUUGUAAGCUGAGUUUUGAAGAGCAAUGUGCCACUUGCAUUCUUCAAAACGUGCUUAUAAGCACUUUAAAUGCUAAAAAGAAACAUUUCCAUCCUUAAAAUUUUCAGACUUAUAAGCUUUUGGUGAUUAAAGGUUUGAUAAACAAUUCUUUUCAAGCUCUGGAACUGGUAUGUAACUGUAUCAAUCUUGAUUCUCAAUUCCCUAAGAAAGCUUUGGUAGAAUUGACAUUUUGAUGGCUGGGUAUAUCCUUGUGGCGUUUACAAAUUAGACAUGCAAAUCUUAAAAUGUUUUCUACUGUCUUUGCCUUCUAAAUGAAACUGCCAACUUUGGCAACAAAGACAGGAGUAUACUUGUAAUUUGUAGAUUUUAAAACAUCCUUAAAAUUACUCUAAUUCUUACUUUGG